CAUGCAGAACGCCGUAUCAUCCAGUUUGGGAAGUUCUCAUCGUAGGUCCAGCUUGCGCAAGAAGACGCCCGCCACCGCUAUAAGCGCGCGGCGCAUCUAUGAUCUAUGAGUCGUUUCCUACCCCUCUGGCUCUCCAGCAAACAACCAGUAAGUGCGGUGCCGGCAGAUCGGGAUGGACGAGGCAAGCUCAGACGCCGCCGCAAAGGCCGCGGCCGUGCGGGCUGUCGCCGUUUCCUGGGUUGCGCCGUCGAUGCUCGGGGAGGGGCAGCGCGGGGAACGCCUGAAACUUUCCUUCCUUGAUUCGUUGUGGGUCGUGCUGCCUCCGAUCCAGCGGGUGUUCCUGUACCAGCUUGGGGAGGACGGCGGCGACGGCUUCCAGUUCCAGGCGGUGGUCGAGCGACUCAAGCGCGCUCUCGCGGACACGCUGGCGCACUACCUCCCCCUGGCGGGGACGCUGGAGUACGAGGUGGAGACCGGGGACGCCUUCGUGGACUGCACCAACGCCGGGGUCGCCUUCCUCGAGGCCGAGGGCGACAUGGAUGUGCGGCGUCUAGCUGGCGACGAGGCGCACGACAUCCUCGCAUUCCUGAGCCUCGUGCCGGAGCUGGAUGCCCGGGUGCUCCCGGCGCCCGUGCUGUCAGUACAGGCUACUCGUCUAAGCGCCGGCCUGGCGGUCGGCCUGUCCGUGCACCACGCCGUCGCCGACGGACGCACCGUGUGGCGAUUCAUGGAGGCAUGGUCUUCCGCUUCCCGUGAGGGCUCCCCAGUCACCAAGGUCCUCGGCCCGCCACACUACAGCCGCGACGUCAUCCAUCACGCGAACGCCGACGAGCUCGCCCGCGAGAUGCUAAAGACCGUCGGGCCCAAUCUCCCAGAGGUGAGAGGACAGCACGACUUCAGCCAGCGGUUCCUGCUGGCGCGCCGGACGUUCUACCUCGGCACCGACGACAUCCAGUCGCUUAGGCGGCGGAUCGACGACCUCGCCUCCGCCGAGGCUGCCGCCGCCGGUGGCGACGCGCCCAAGCUGAAACCGGUGUCGACGUUCGUGGCGCUGGCGGCGCUGAGCUGGACGGCGUUCGUUCGUUCCAAGGGGCUCGGCGCCGGGGACGACACGUACCUGGUGUUCCUCGCCGACCUGCGCUCCCGCCUCGACCCGCAUGUGAGCGAGGCUUACCUCGGCAACUGCGUGCGCGCGUGCCUGGCGACCUGCGCCGACGCGGCGGAUCUCCUCGGCCAGGCGGGCAUCCUCCGCGCGGCGCGGGCUGUGCAGGCCGCGGUGGCGGAGAUGGAGGCGGCGCCGCUGUCCGGGACGGACAAGGGGUGGAUGCAGAAGCUGAUGCGGCUGCCGUUUCAGCGGCUGACGAACGUGGCGGCGAGCCCUCGAUUCAGGGCCUACGAGGCGGCUGGCUUCGGGUUCGGCAAGCCCGCGCGCGUGGAGCUGGUAUCCAUGAACCACGACGGCGAGAUGGUGCUCGUCGGCGGCCGGCGAGAUGGCGACGUGCAAGCCUCCGUGUCGAUCGACCCGGCGCACAUGGACGCAUUCAAGGCCUGCAUCCACGGGUAGAUAAAUUUUCAGGGGCCCGUCCGGCCGGGCGCUGUUGGGAAUUUAAUCUGAACUUGCAAAGUAAUGGAGGGGAGAUCUAGUCUGUUUUUUCUCCGAAAUUGCCUUUGGUGACCGAGCUCACCGAAGGCCUCCAAAUUCAAAUUUUAUCAAAAUUCAUAUUUUUACA